AUGACCAUUAAAGAAGUUAGACCCGACCGUGUGUGGUCCAUCGAGGGCGAACAUGAGAUUGUGUUCAAGCAGGUGUGGGCCAUUUGUCUCAAGAGCUUUGGCUACGACAUGGACGAGUACACGUACGAGCAGAUUCUCGACCCCAAGACGUUUGUCUCGGGGAAAGCGCCAAACGAGCUUCCCGACAUCCUGGAUACCGCUGUCGAGAGCCAAUGCCCUCCCAUUACCCAGAGAACUCGCAAGAACUACAAGCAAAUGGUGGGUAAGGCAGUUCUCCACAAGGGAGAGUUUGACGAUAGCAUCAAGAAUCCCAAGGACGUGUGGCACAAGAUCGCCAAGUUCAACAUCCCUCGCUUGCACCAGGCUUAUCUUGUGACGCCUCGUAACGAUUCUCCCGACAACGACAUUCUUCGUUUCGUGAGGGCUCGUAAGUUCAAGGUGGAGGACAUCAUCCAUAUGGCGCUCAAGUGCUUGGACUGGAAGAGCACGGCAUACCCUGUGGAAAAGUGGCUCGCGGCGGGUGACUAUGAGAUCAGCAAGGACAAGAACCUCGAGCAGCUUGCCGAGGCAUUCACGAUGGGAAAGGUUUACCUUAGAGGCCAUGACCGUGAAGGCGGUCCCAUUUGUGUGAUUCGUGUGAGAAAGCAUUUUGGCUCCCAGUGUCCUCACCACGACUUCGAGAGGUUCAUUGUGCUCAUGCUUGAAUGGUUUAGACUCGGCCUUAGACCGUACACCACGGGUUGCGACGGUGCCAACAUUCUCUUUGACUUGACUGGAAUUUCUUUGAAGAAUAUCGAUCUUCAUGCCGUGAAGUUUUUGGCCAAGGCUUUUGAGGCCAACUACCCGGAGUGCUUGCAUGCUAUUUGGAUCCAUAAUGCCCCAUGGGUGUUCUUCACCGUUUGGAAGUUGAUUCGUGGAUGGUUGGACCCAGUCGUCGCGUCGAAGAUUCACUUCACAAACUCAGUCGAGGACUUGGAGAAAUUCACCGACCGCAAGUACAUUCCUGAGUUUGUCGGUGGUAACGACAAGUACCAUCCUAAGUAUGUGCCACCAACGGAGGAAAGUGCCGCCACAAAGCCCAAGGAUGAGAAGUUCGAGAAGCUAAUCGAGAGACGUGAGGAGCUCCUGAGGUACUUCAUCGAGACCACACUUGCUUGGAUCAAGGCUGCGACGAAGGAGGAGUCGACCAAACUCAUGAAGCUCAAGAUUCUCCUCGGUGCCGAAUUGGCCAAGAACUAUGUCCAGCUUGACCCAUACAUCCGGACUCGUGGUCAAUUCGACAGAGACAAGACUAUCAAGGUCGGGGUUUAA